AUGUUGCACACGGUCCUUUCCGUCUUCUCUGUCCUGCUCGCUGCAGUGGCGGCCCUCCCCGCAGAGGUGCAUAUCAACACCACCUCCUUUUCCAACACCACAGCCUACCCGCUGCCCAACCUGGGCAAUGUUGCCGCCCACGACCCCAACAUCAUCCAGUACAAUGGGUCCUUCUAUCUCUUCAAAGGCGGCGUGCACAUCCCCAUCCACAAGGCCAGCUCCCUCGACGGGCCCUGGGAGCAGAUCGGGACCGUCCUCCACGAGUCCAGCGUGAUCACCAAGCAGAACCGCUCCCGUCCCUGGGCCCCGACCACCGUCGAGUGGGACGACCGUUUCUUCUGCCUGUACGCCAUCAGCGAGUCCGGCAGUCGCAACAGCGCCAUUGGGGUCGCCUCCGCCGAUUCCCCGGAGUCGGGCAACUGGACCGACCACGGGGCGCUGAUCAACACCGGCGAGGGUGCGCUGUCGGAUAUCGACCCGUACACCAUCUCCAACGCCAUUGAUGGCGCCUUCAUCGCAGACCAGAAGACCGGGAGCCCCCAUCUCCUGUACGGCAGCUACUGGCACGGCAUUUUCACCGUCCCGCUCGCGGACGACCUUCUUUCGGUCAAGACGCCGCAGCAUCCCAACGCGACCAAUCUGGCCUAUGUUCCUAAGGAAACGGUCAAGCCCAUCGAGGGGUCUUUCAUGACCUACAAGGCACCGUACUACUACCUGUGGUUCAGCCAUGGCAAGUGCUGCCACUUCGACCUCGAGAAAUUCCCCCCCAUGGGAGACGAAUACAGCAUCCGGGUCGGCCGAUCAUCGGACGUGACGGGCCCGUUUGUGGACAAGGAUGGAGUUGACCUCCUCGACGGAGGCGGCACCGUUGUUUACGGGUCCAACCACGGAGUCGUCUACGCUCCUGGCGGCGUCGGCGUCCUGACGGGCAGUGGCAACGACGCAGACGUCCUAUACUUUCAUUAUCUCAACACCACGAUUGGCUUCACACAGGGAGAUGCCCAACUGGGAUGGAACUAUCUGCACUACGUAAAGGGAUGGCCCGUGGCUCUCGAGGGGUAUGUUCACGCCAACGGCAAGGACGACUUUUAG